CUAUUGAGAUAAUCCACACCCAAUUUCAGUAUAAUUUUUUCUUAAUUUUCAUAGGAAAAGGUUGUUUUCUUUCUUCUUUUCAAGAAAUGGCCAUGGCAAGAGAAGGUGAAAUUCUGGCAAUUUUGGUGCUAUUUCUUAUGCUUCUGCUGCUUCAUUUCAAGACCACUCAAGCAGCUACCUACACUGUUGGAGAUGGUUUAGGUUGGUGUCCAGACGUAAGCAUGGAAAGUUGGCCUGAAAAUAAGAAGUUUUAUUCUGGUGACACACUUGUGUUCAACUAUGAUGCUGAUUCAUAUGAUGUGGUUGUGGUGGAUCAACGAGGGCAUGAUACAUGCACAGUUACUGCGAAUGCUAAAGUUUUUGAUUCAGGACAUGAUCAAAUUAAGCUUGUUUUCGGAGCAAAUUACUUCAUUACUAGUAAUCCUGAAGAUUGUCAACUAGGUAUGAAGAUGGCGAUCAGCGCCGCCAGCCACCGCUCCGCCAGAAAAUCAUCUGCUACUGUCACCAAUGUCAGAAUUAAGAGGGGCCAGUAGGGGUCAUUGCCUUCGUAGCCAAAAAAUAAUCCCACCUAUAAUGGUAUUUUUGGGUGGAUGAAUUCUGCUCCCCCAGAUAGGAAUAAUG